UUCCGUUAGUAAUUUACGCACUUUUAUAUUGUGCGUUUCUAAUCAGUGGACUAAAUGGUGAUGGCGACGGUAAUGGUAUGGAAUACUUAGAAUUGCCGGAAGCUCAGCAUAAUAUAUCAUCGAUUUUGUGCAUAAUAAAAUUUUGCGAAAAAUAUUUUCGAUCUGAAAAGGCGGUGAUUGGUUCGUUAGUGAUAGUCAAUACACAAAAUAUGACAGAAUUUCAUAGUGAAUUGAUUAUCAUGUUGAACGAACAUGCCAACUAUGAUUUGGGUGUUAUGACAAAAGAUGCGACCAAGCCGCAUGGAAAUCCAUUGCAUGUUGUUGAUAAGGCUAAAAAUUAUUUCGUUGUAUUUGCGGAAAUGACUGAAAUUAUCGAUGCAAUCAAUCAAUGGAAUGGAUUGCCAACAUGGAAUCCACUUGCACAGGUCGUGGCAUUAUUUGUUAAUGUUUACGAUGAUGAUGAGCUCUUCGUACAAAUGAAAUCAAUUUUGCAAUUGUUUCUCAAUCGUCAUAUGAUCAAUGUUAAUGUUAUAUCAUAUCGGUCUAAUUCACGUAUUGUACAGGCUCACACUUUCUAUCCGUAUAGUGGUGAUAGUUGUGCGGAAAAUGUAACCGAACUCUAUUUAAUUGAAGAAUGUGAAUAUUCCGAUGAAACACCAUUCGAUCCAAUAAUUACCGUAAUUGAUAAAUUAAAACCGAAAAUUCCGAAUGACUUGCAUGGUUGUGAAAUGCUUAUUUCAAGCAGUAUCAUUGAACCGUUUGUUUUCAUUGAUGAAGAGAGCAAUUCGUUUGAUAUGGGUUUAGAGGUGUUGAUGAUUCGAACAAUUGCACAAGCAUUGAAAAUGACGCCAAUUUUUGUCCGCAACAAUGAUACCCGCGAAAAUCGUGUUGUCAGCAACGACACCGGCAUUUAUGCAAAUUUAUUGACACAAAAAAGCGAUAUCUUGAUCGGUGGCAUGGAUAAUGAUGCACGAGUUCAAAAAAUACUUUGGGUUACCAUACCAUACAUUCAAGAUGAUCAAACAUGGUGUGUAGCAACGGCAAGACCGCAAGAUCUUUGGCAAAAUAUUUUUGGUAUUUAUACAGUGAGCACAUGGGCCGCAUUGAUUGCGGCUGUAUUUUUCAAUGCAUUCAUCAUUUAUCUAUUAAUUCGUGUUGAAAAUAAAACCGAGAGCUAUGUAUGGACACUGAUGAUUGGACUGGCAUCAGCACUGGGUCAGUAUGCAACAUAUGAUCCGCAACGUAUUUCCAUUCGAAUGAUGAUGAUCUUUUUAUUUGCGUACGGUAUUGUGAUGAGUUCAUCGUUUAGUUCCUUUUUGAUUGGUAUAUUAACGCGACCACGUUUCAAGCAACAAAUCAGCAGUGUUGAAAUGGCCAUAAGACAUGAUUUCAAGUUCACGGGCGGUGAAGUAGCGUUGUCGCAUUAUCUUGGCAAUGAUACGAUUUCGCUGUCAGUACGCAAGAAUUUCAAAAUUUGCUACUAUACCGAUGAAUGUUUGCAGCGUUUGCAGUAUGACGAGAAAUUAGCUGUGGCCGUUAGUCGAUUGCAUGCAGAAAAUACACAGGCCAUUUCACGAUCCGAUAUGUUUUGUUUUCCUCGAUCGAAAAAUAUUUACAGUUACUCGAUCGCAAUGCCAAUCAAACUUGACUAUCAUAUGCUACCGUUGAUCAAUUACAAUAUUCGACAAUUAUUUGAAUUCGGACUAACCGAACGCUGGAAUAAAUUGAGUCAAGGGAUUGCAGCAAAUGAAGAGAUAAAAAAGAGACUGGAAAAGGCGGCCAGUGGAAGGGAUAAUCGAGUGGUUGUAUUAACAGUUCCACAUAUAAUGGGUGCCUUAUUAAUUAUGGCUUUUGGUCAUAUCGUUGCAAUGAUCGCAUUUUUAACGGAGCUCGCUGUUGAACGGAAAAUGCGGAAAAAGAAACGCACAACAAAAGUAUGGUUAUUAUUGGACCGGUUUUUGAAACCAAAGUGA